AUGUUCAACAGCAGCUCCAUCACCCACUUCCUUCUCCUGGCAUUUGCAGAGUCACGGGAGAUGCAGCUCUUGCACUUCUGGCUCUUCCUGGGCAUCUACCUGGCUGCCCUCCUGAGCAACGGCCUCAUCAUCACCGCCAUAGCCUGUGACCACCGCCUCCACACCCCCAUGUACUUCUUCCUCCUCAACCUCUCCCUCCUCGACCUGGGCUCCAUCUCCACCACUCUCCCCAAAUCCAUGGCCAAUUCCCUCUGGGACACCAGGGACAUUUCCUAUGCAGGAUGUGCUGCACAGCUCUUUUUCUUUCUCUUUUUGAUGUCAGUGGAGUAUUUUCUUCUCACCGCCAUGGCCUAUGACCGCUACGUUGCCAUCUGCAAACCCCUGCACUACGCGACCCUCCGCAGAGCUUGUGUCCACAUGGCAGCAGCUGCCUGGGGCGCUGGUUUCCUCAAUGCCAUGCUGCACACGGCCAAUACAUUUUCACUACCACUCUGCCGAGGCAAUGCCAUAGACCAGUUCUUCUGUGAAGUCCCUCAGAUCCUCAAACUCUCCUGCUCAGAAUUCUACCUCAGGGAAGUUGGGGUCCUUGUGGUUAGUCUUUGUUUAGCAUUUGGGUGUUUUGUUUUCAUUGUGCUGUCCUACGUGCAGAUCUUCAGGGCCGUGCUGAGGAUCCCCUCUGAGCAGGGACGGCACAAAACCUUUUCCACGUGCCUCCCUCACCUGGCUGUGGUCUCCCUGUUUAUCAGUACCGUCAUGUUUGCCUAUCUGAAGCCCCCUUCCAUGUUCUCCCUCUCUUUGGAUCUGGUGGUGACAGUUCUAUACUCAGUUCUGCCUCCCACAGUGAACCCCCUCAUCUACAGCAUGAGGAACCAGGAGCUCAAGGAUGCCCUGAGGAAGCUGAUUUCAUCAACACUGUUUUAA